AAUGUGGCAUAGUGCUAGCAGAGAGGGAAGUUGAAUGAUCCACUAAUGAGUUAUUAGUGUCAUUGCUCGUUAUCUCUUAAAACGACGUUUGACAACAGUUACCGAUGGCUGGUUUACCGCCAGGAGACCCGCAGUUGGUCUCUAUGAUCGUCAGCCAUUUAAAAACGCAGGGUCUGUUCGACCAGUUCAGGAGGGAAUGCCUAGCAGACGUGGACACAAAGCCGGCUUACUUGAACCUGAAACAAAGAGUGGAUAACUUUGUUUCUAAUCACCUUUCAAAUCACACAUGGAGUCCUCAUUUGAACAAGAAUCAACUGAGAAACAACAUCAGACAGCUGGUGCUACAGUCUGGAAUGCUGGAGCAGGGAGUCGACAGGAUUGUAGCUCAGGUGGUGGAUCCCAAAAUCAACCACAUCUUCAGGCCACAGGUGGAGAGGGUGGUCCGUGAAUUCCUCUCACCUGGCAGUUGUGGUGAGGAACCUCCUUUCCCACUGGCUUCAGCAGAGAUGACACAAGACUGCAGUACUUUUGAGCAAGCCUCAUUAUCUACCCCAGCCACCAGCACAGCCAGUGAUGCCAUGUCCAUCCUGGAUACCAUAAGCUCCCUCAACCAGGAGGCCAGCUCCAGGGCCAGCUCUGGUGCAGAGAAGGGCCGGAAGGCCCAAGCAUCAGAGGAGCCCAUGCAGAUAGUGGAGGAGGGUGAACAGGAUAUGAGUCUACUUGAUGAGGAAAGCAGCAACCAAGAGGGGAGGACACUGCAAGAGAUGGAGGAAGCAAAACUGAUGUUUGAGGUCCAAGCCAUAGGGCUGAAGGCAGAGGACACUCAGGAACCAAUGGACUUAACAAACGAGGGGACGACCGAGGAGGUGAAGAUGGAAGAAGAGGAGCUCGGUUCUCAAGAGCAGGUGGAAGAGAGCAAAGACAAGCAAGGUAGCAAAGCAUCAGGAAAACCAAUGGAGGAGAAGCAGGAUGAUGAACAACUGAAAUCUCCCAAUCAGAUCAGACAGAGGGCCAGAGAAAGGCUAAAGGAGGAGUACUCUUUAGAGGACUCUGACUUGGAAGGCCUGAGUGACAUCACAGUGAGCUCUGUCCACACCAGCGAUCUGUCAUCAUUUGAGGAAGAAACUGACGAUGAGCAGCCACCCUCUGAUUCUUCAGAUGACUGCGAGUUUUCAACAGAUGGAGAGAGAGCAGAGAAGAAGCAAGCCAGUGGAGACACAGGAGAGGAGGAAAAGGAGUGCAAGCCUCGCCGCAAGGCAUACGUCCACAAGCCCUUCCUCUACUCCCGUUACUAUAGUGAUUCAGAUGAUGAGGUUACCGUAGAAGAGCGUCGCAGAUCUGCAGCAAAAGACAAAGAGGAGAGACUGCUGAAGAGACAGCAGAACAGAGAGCGUAUGGAAGAGAAACGCAGACAGAAGGCGACACAAGCUGAAGCACAAGAUCUGAAUAAACAAAGGGGCGACUCUCCAGGGCUGGACAGCCCACAGGCCAAGGAGGCUCGCAAAGAAAGGAAAGUUCUUGAGAAAAAAAUGGCUCUCAACAGGAAGAGGAAACUAGACUCAAGGAAAGAAGCAGAUGUUCUAAGCAAAAAGAAAGGCGAUCCAGGAGGAGAGGGCUCCAAGAAGGCAGAAAUGAAAUCAGCAAUCUCAAAGACCCAGCUACCAAAGCUGAUCAGGAAAGUAUCAGAAACAUCAUUAUCCAGUGAGAGACACCGAAGGCAGAGCGGCAGUGUCUCUGAGGAUUCCAGCGACCUGAAGAAACUGACUGACAAAAUCCGAACUCACUCCUUCAUCUUGGAGUUGGAACAGGGCUCCCAGGAAUCCCUGAGACAGCGUUCACUUGGAAAAUUUGACCGCCCACCACGCAAGGAAUUGCAUUCUAAGGAGCGCAAAGAGAAAGAACGCAGCCUGUCAGAUGAACGCGCCAAACUUAAACAAAGGCCGGAGAAAAAAGGUGAAUCCCAAGUGGAGGACUCUCAGCAGAAGGAAGGCAACAGUGUAAAAGCCACCUUUCUUGAGGAGCGAGGUGAGAAGAAAGCCAAGGUCAAAGGGGAUAAGAAGAUGCCAGGAACCCCAAGAGAAGGAAGGUUGUCUAUGUCAGAUGGCAUGAAUAAUGAGGGUGGUCAGAAAGACACCACAGCCAAAAAGGGAAAGGCUCCAUUUGUGGAUGCUGCCAAAGCAGAGAAGGAUAAGGAGAAAGAAAAAGACAAAAUGCGAGAAAAGGAUAGAGUCAAAGACAAAGAAAAGGAAAAGAGCAAAGGAGAGAAGACUUCAGCUAAAAGUGAACCCAAGCUCCCGCUACGUUCAGACUUUACUGGCUCCCUUGAGGACAGGUCAGAUGUGGAGCCUGGACCAGAUGGUGGCAAGAAAAAGGAUAAACACCCCAAGGAAGUCUUGAAAAGAUUAAAGAGCCACUCCGAAGACAGGCAAGGGGAUAAGCCCAAAAUGAAGUCUGAUAGCAAAGACAAUGAGAGGGAGAAAACCAAAGCUGACCAAGAAGGUCAGAAACCAGGCAAAUCUGGCUCUGAAAUGGACAAAGAUCUGAGAAGGUCCAAAUCCACAGAGAAAGGAAGACCCCUGGACAAACCCAAACCAAAAUCCCGGGAGGAAGCGAAGACUCCGUCCUCAUCAAAGACGGAUAAGAAAGCUCAGAGUUCGGAAAUCAAAAUCAAAGAUGUGUCAAUUAGCAAACAUGAGGCAGCAAAGGAGAAGAAAAAAGAGGGGAACAUGAAGGAGCUCAAAAAGGCCUCAGAGGAGAAAGAAAAAUCACAAGAUUCCUCACAAGAGAAAUCCGAGAUGAAAAAUGCAAGAAAGAAGCUGGAGAAGAGAGAUAAAACCUCUGAGAAAAAAGAUGAGAGCCAUGAAGACAGGAAAGUGUCCAGAGGAGACGACAAAUCUGACAAGUCUGAAAAGUCUUCAAGGUCUUCUUUUUCCCCCUCUCUUGAGGCAGAAGAGCCCCACAAGAAGCCAGUUUUUCCUCAAGACGUGAGCACUGACUCUGAUCCCAUCACUGCCACGAUUACCACGUCCUUCUCCGACGAUACCUACGACGCAUUAAGUGACAUCACUCCUGAACCGGAGGACGGUGAGACCGAGUUGCGACUCAGUGAGCUGGAGUCACGCCCCUUACCCAGCGAGGCGGAUGCUCUUCUGACUCUUAUGGACAUCUGCACUUCGGCAGAUGCAAGACUGCCCCAGGAUGGCGGUCCAGAGAUUGUGAACCCUGAGAUGACUCUUCAGGAUGCUGACAUGAAGAUGAAAGAAGCAGCGCUGACUCUGCUCUCUAUGGACCCGGACAGUACACUAUCCCCUAGUUUAAUCACACCAGAUGCCAGGGAGGAUCCAGAGGUGAACCUGCCUGCCCAGCAAGCAGUAGAUGCCACCACAGCUGUGGAGGCAGAGCAGUGUGCUUCUGAGAAUGUGAAUUCAGAGGUUGAAAUCAAGCCACUGACUGCUGACUUGCCACCAGUUGAGUAUCAGCAGAUUGACCAGCAUGUUGAUGAAAAACCAAACCCAGCAGAUGCAUCGGACAAAAAUGAGAAAGAACAAAAUGAUUCAGAGGUGCUAACAUCAGCUCUUCAGGAUGAUUCAACUAUCUCAAAUGUACCUCACAUCCCUUUUGAUGGGGAAAAUACCAUUGAUGCUGAAAUAACUAUUGAACCAAAGCCUGUUACCAAAUUGACACCACUCAAUGAAAGAGAAGCUACAGAUGAUGCAUUUGAAACCAAGGAAGCCAAAGAAAUCAUUGAAAGCACAGAAGUCAUUGUUUAUAACAUACAAUCUGAGCAACAGACAAAAAUUGAUGAAGUCAAGUCAGAUGUUGGCGUGAUGGAGACAAGUACCCAGGUUGUUGAGACGGAAGAGGACAACCAGGUUAAGAUGGACAUUGAUAACUUAAAUGAGGUUCACAAUCAAACACAGGACAAAGGAAAUGUUUCACAAGAAGGGUGUGAUCCACAAAACAUUGAAUCUGAUGAUCCUGACAUGCCUGAGGAGGUCAGAGAAACUAAACUCGUACGUCAGUCUACACUAGUCAAACAAACAAGUAGUGCCUCUGAUUCAGACAGACAUGAUGAUGAAAAGGUAUCUGACCUGUCGGAAAAGGAGGAGAAAACAGAGGGAAGAGCAACCCGCAAACGAAAGCAUUCCAGUCAGAAAGCUGCAACGACCAAUGACUCUGGUGAGGAGAAGGAUGACAAGGAGAGCCAAGAGCAGCCAUCUGCUGAGGAGACAGAUUGGGAGAACAUUCAGGAAGCCAAAACGCCACGCAGGGGACGAUCAUCAUCCAAAACCACUGAGGUGGAAGAGGACCAACCUAAAGGGCCUGAGAAGUCAGAGGAGACUCCUACCCGCCGGGGUAGAUGCACAGGAGCCCAGGUCAAAGAUACUGCGGCUGGUAAAAAGAAAGAUGAAAAGGAUGAAGCGAAAGAAGAGAAACCCUCAUUAGGGCAACAAGAAACAGAAAAAGAGGAGAAUGGUCAGAGGAAAGACGGUUGGCAACGAAGCCAGGCCAGGUCACCGUCUCCACAACCAGAGGGAAUCACAGAUGCAGCAAGCUCCAAGUCCAAAGAGAGCACUAAUUCAAGUGAACCCUCUCUGAAGCGGAAGCAGUCAGAUGAGGUGGAGGAAUCAGUUGAGGAGACUCAGGCCAAGGAGGUGGUGGAAGACAAGGAAAACACUCAGCAAGAACAAGAAGAGAGGCAACCCAGUGAAGACCAUGCCAACCUGUCAGAAGACCCAGAGGGAAAAGAGGACUGCUCCAGUGAGAACAAAACUGAUAACGAUGAGGAGGACCAGGGAAUGGCUCCAAAGAAACCAAGCCGUAGAGGCAGACCCUCAAAGGGAGCAGCAGCUUCAACCACUGAGGAUUCAGAAGAGAAGAAAGACAAUAGGUCAGAUGAGAAAGAGAGCGAGCAGAACAAUGAGGAGGAGGAUGAUGAGAAGGAAGAAGAGGACACCAAGACCAGAACGACGACGCGGUCAGCGUCUCGUCUGGAGGCGGAGAGAAAUAAGCCAAGUAAACCUUCCACCCGGGCAAGCAGACAGAACGGGAAAGAGGAGGCCACGGUUGGCACACGCGGAACGAGGGGCCAGGCAGGAGCAACGAAGGGAGGUCGUAAACGGGAGGCCAGCCCUCCUGCAGUGCGCACUCGGGGGGCACAGAAAUCAGAGGAGCCCCCUUCCAAGAGAGCCAAACGCUGAAAAACCUGAUCGCAGCAGACUAAUUUCUGCAGUUACUUUCCCCAGCAGUGGACUGCUUUUCCCACUCAGUUACCCAAGAUCAUCCCCACCACCACCUGUGUUAUAUUGCUGUUGUGAAAGUCUUCUUUUAAUGUCAAAGUCAUACUGGUGAUCAAAAUGGAAACCCAUUUCUACUUGAAGGUGAACCCCUUCGUUUAUUUUUGUAUGAAUUAGCAAGUCUCACCCUUCAAUCUGCAAGUUAGCUCAUAGAACUAGAGCGAGUUGGUGUUCACUAACUGGUUAUUUUAGAAAGCCCUGUAUGGUAUUAUACACUUUACCUGAGUGCUUGGGCCUGCACCUGACAGUUUGUGUAGCAACCCCUCUGAAUACCCUAUACUACACAACGCCCAUAUGGUUUUGAUCAGGCUGCUUUCAUCCUUUCAUUUAUUCAGUAAUAACUACUGAACUAGGGUAUUUGGGGCCAAUCAAAGGCCUUAUGUGUAGUUAAACUGCAUUUAAGGAGAGGUUGAGUUGAGAUUAACUGUUGCUCAGAAGCUGACUUGCUUCGAUCAAGACCGUUUUACCUUCGCAAGUAGAUCUGUUAUUCAUUGAAAUGUUUUUUUCUACAUCUAACUUGUAAAUCCGCGCACAUGUAUAUAUAGACAUUAGUGUGAAUCACAUGGCUGUCAUUGUGAACGUAAUUAUUCAUUCUGUGAAUGUAAUGGAGGCAUUAUCCUCCCUCUAUUUUAAAGUUUUGAUUUUUAUACUCAAUUAGCCAUAAAGUGAUUUUUUUUAAUGUUUUUGCUUUUGUAACGUCAUUGCAGUAUGGAAAAUCAGUAUUGCUCAUGGGGAAAAGAAAACCAGACAUGUAUGUAAGCGUAAAUACAUCCACAUGCUUUUAUUCUGUAUAAACCACGCCUGUUCCUGAAGUACUGCUCCUCAUUGUUUUAAGUAGCACGUUACAGCCAAAGUAGUUCUUGGUACCGUGUUAGAGCUAAAUGUUGUUUGCUUAAUGGUGCUGAACGACUUACCCUAAUGCUCUUAUCUGUUAACAUAAAAAAAUGUACAUCUGUACAUCCAUUUUAUACUUCAUUGCUUGUAUUAGUUUUUGCUUCUUAAAAUAGUCAAUAUAGUAAUUUCUAUUUUUGUAACAAGAUGACCAGGCUGUGGUGACAGUAUGGAAAGCAAAUGAAAGCUUUGAAAAUGAGUAUUGUUGAUGGUUCUGAGUUUUGUGUGUGUGUGUGUUUUUUUGUUUUUUUUAAUAUUUCUCACUUUAUAUGACUGGUGAUGAGUAUAAUCAGUAACUCAGAGUUUACAAGUGUAUAUCCAGCAUGUACUAGAAACAAAUGACAAUUUCUUAUAUCUUUAACAUGACCAUUAAGCCAAAUGUUCCACAGGAACACCCAAAAUACUGUGAUUCUGUUUGGCAAGCGUGAAAACACUGAGGGAGUGUAUUAUUCACAAAAUGAAA